UCCCACACUGCCCUGACUGCAGCAACAUGGCCUUCCUCUGGCUCCUUUCCUGCUUCGCCCUCGUGGGAGCUGCCUUCGGCUGCGGGGUCCCCGCCAUCCACCCCGUGCUUAGUGGCCUGUCCAGGAUCGUCAACGGGGAAGAUGCUAUCCCUGGCUCCUGGCCCUGGCAGGUGUCCCUGCAGGACAAAACCGGCUUCCACUUCUGCGGGGGCUCCCUCAUCAGCGAGGACUGGGUGGUGACCGCUGCCCACUGCGGAGUCAAGACCUCCCACGUGGUUGUGGCCGGGGAGUUUGACCAGGGCUCCGAUGAGGAAAACAUCCAGGUUCUGGAGAUUGCCCAGGUUUUCAAGAACCCCAAGUUCAACAUGCUCACCGUCCGCAACGACAUUACCCUGCUGAAGCUGGCCACGCCCGCCCGCUUCUCCCAGACCGUGUCCGCAGUGUGCCUGCCUGAGGCUAACGAUGACUUCCCCGCCGGGAGCCUGUGCGCCACCACCGGCUGGGGCAAGACCAAAUUCAAUGCCAACAAGACCCCUGACAAGCUGCAGCAGGCGGCCCUACCCCUCCUGUCCAACGAUGAAUGCAAGAAGUUCUGGGGCAACAAGAUCACCGACGUGAUGGUCUGCGCCGGAGCCAGUGGUGUCUCCUCCUGCAUGGGCGAUUCUGGCGGCCCCCUGGUCUGUCAGAAGGAUGGAGCCUGGACUCUGGUGGGCAUCGUGUCCUGGGGCAGUGGCUUUUGCUCCACCUCCACGCCUGCCGUGUACGCCCGCGUGACGGAGCUCAUGCCCUGGGUUCAGGAGAUUCUGGCCGCCAACUGAACCUGCAGCCCCUACCAUCCUUACCCUGAGUGUCCCUAAUAAAAGCAUCUGUACAGAAACACUGA